UGGCUUAAUCUGAUUCGACCGACCGGCGAAAUCCUCGUAAACAAUCUGUUGUGUUGUUCUUGUUAAUUGUUGAGAGUGUCUCUGCAAUUAUACUUGCAAGAUGCCACAUAAUCUGGAGAUAAUAUUUUGCAUUGCACUUCAAGGUAUACUAUUAAUUCAAGUUUCAGCUAUAGGGAAGGUUAUCUUUGCAGUGAAUUCAGGAGGAGAGGCUCACACGGAUGAGAAUGGUAUUCGAUACAACGAAGAUACACUCACCACGGGCAUAAUAUCUGACUUCGGCAGGAAUAUGCAGAUCAAUAGAGUUCGGCCUGAAGAUAUGAUACUAUACCAGACGGAGAGAUAUCACUAUGAAACAUUUGGAUAUGAUAUCCCGAUAAAAGAUGAUGGCCGUUAUGUUCUUAUCUUAAAAUUUUGCGAGGUUUAUUUUACUUCGUCGUUGCAAAAGGUGUUUAAUGUUCGUAUGAAUGGACAACAUAAUGUUGUUACCAACUUAGAUAUUUAUGACAAAGUGGGUCGAGGUACUGCUCAUGAUGAAAUUAUCCCGUUCACUAUCGGCAAGGGUAAAUUAACAGUGAAGGGGGAAGCAUCAACGAUCGGAGCAUCAUUAUCAAUAGAGUUUGUCAAGGGACAAUAUGAUAAUCCAAAAAUCAAUGCAAUUGUAGUAAUGAAGGGAACAGAAGAUGAUGUACCAAAGCUUCCACCAAUUCCAGGAAAAGAGGAAAAUAUAGAUGCAUUUGACGAAGAUGAAGAUGACGAAGAUGAAAGAACAGAUCAAGUAAAACCAAAGGAAAAAGUAACUGUUGCAUCUGGGCCAAAAACUGUUGAUCCUUAUUCUUCAAAUGAAACUAGUCUCCUUUUUCCUAUAUUAAUAGCAAUUGGUCUUUUUAUUCCAUCGUUGUUUUGUUUGUGUCGACUUUGAGAAUCGAUUUCUGAGUGUUUAGUAUCUAUGUCUAUUUCCUAAAUAUUUUAAUAAAUCAACAGUUACCAAGGUUCACUUUGAUGAAGAUUUAAAGGAGCUUUUAAAUUGCGAGACGAUGUGACCAUAGAAUUUAAUGUCAGUGUAUGCGCAGUGGAAUACAUGAUGUCAUUACACUCUGGAUAUACUGUAAUGAGUGCAGUUGAAAGCUCACUAUAUAUGUAUGUUGUUUGUACCGGGCACCGGUAUGGUAAUUCUAUUAUUUUUUAAGGAAACCUUGGCAAUUGUUGGUAUGUUCAAGUUUCUCAUAGACUACAGUCAUCAACAUUGAUUGGUGUAGUCUGUGUGUUUGUUGUACUUUUAUUAACAAAAAUUUUAAGGAUUGGCUAUUACUUAGAAACAUGCUGGAGAUGAAAAAAAUAUCAAAUUGUGCUGUCUUGUAUAUUUUGAAUUUGUGUUGUAAAAUAUUCAUUUUUUAAUAUUAAGAAUAUAGUUCAUUUGUAAGGAAAUGAAAAAAAAUAUAUCGCAGCUUUAACUAAUAUGAAACGAUACCAAGGUUGUAAGUGGUGAAAUAAUAGUGGCAUCAUGAUGCAGUAAUAAAUAGUGUCCGAUGGUCACAAUGCACUAAUAGAUGUUCACCAAAUAGAUGGUGCCAUGGUGAUAGGUUGGGUUUAUAGAUGGGGCAAAAAUACAGUUUUGGUUGUAUAUGUGACCGGCUCUGGCAAAACCCUCCGUUUGUCGCAUUUUAAAAUUUCCCACAAGCACCCAAAACGUUUGAGCAUCAGAAUUUUUUAAAAUGUUCAUGUUUUUGCAUUUUAUAAAGGAAGAUAUAUUGAAGUGUAUUAAAAUUAUUUUUAAAAUACAAAUCUUAAUAAUAAACAAUUAAUUUUGGAGUCUUUGGAAGCUGUUUUCUUAAAACCUACAUGGCUGAUAUCCAUUGAAUUAAAUAUUCAUAACUUUGCUAAUACUCAACCAAUUUACAUCAAAUAAACACUGUUUUAAAGAAGACUUCAGUGCAGAAUUUAAAAACACCAACUCAAUUUAGAAUUUUCCCUACAGAGGUUUUUGCUGGAGCUGGUCACAUAUUUGUUUUAGUUUUAUAGAGUACAGUAUAUUAA